AACAUCAAUGUCCACUGAACAAAAACAAGUACAAGGUCAACCCCAAAUUAUAUGGGAUUGUCCUUCUUGCAAUAAUGACGAUGCUCACUUCUACAGAAAAGGGCUUAUGGCUGGCACUGCAAAGUGCAAACAAUGCGGUCAUGUGUGGAAAUGGAAAAAGCAAGACGAAAAUGCCAUUGUUGAUAAAAGGCCCAAAAGAAUCGACCAUUCUCAACGAAAAGCACUAGUCGACGAUGCAAAUCACUAUCCGUCUUCUCUUUUUGGUGCUGACACGGACCUGUCCGAUCUAGAAUCUUUACAAACGACUACAACAAAUACGAUCAGAAGCAGCAGCCGCGCGCAAUCAGCACGCAUGAAAGUUGAAGAAGAUCACUCCUUGGCGAAAACCCGUCAGAAACUUGACUCAUUCAAAAAGCUUCUAUCAUCAAUGGAGAUCAAGCCUACCGUCAUCAUCAAAAGAGAAAUGGAAGAGGAUGUUGCACUUGAAGAAACGACGAAACCCAAGAAGCAGCGAACGAUCGCGCGUGGUCUAUACGACAGGGACAUCGCUAGCGAAUCAGUGUUUGAAAGAUGGCCAAAGAAGCAGCUACCGCGCAAGCGACAGAAACGCAAACCAUCAGACGAUGAGGACAGUGAUGAUUACAACGAAAGUUAUGUCGACCAGGGAGUAUCGUCUGAAUCGGAAUUCGGUCUUGACGACAGUGAUAAGAGCGAUGGCUUCAGCACGCCGGACGAAGAGGAUCAUGAAGAGGAACGAAAAAGCAAGCGAUCAAACAAGAAUAAGGGCAAGGGAAAAGCCAAAGCGAAACCUAAGGCAAUGAAAACAUCAUCUCGCGAAACGUUGAUACGAACCAAAAAACUCGAGCAAACUCCAAAUACUUUCAAUGACGGCGAGAGCGACGGCUCUGACGACAACAUCUUUUCCGAUCAAGAAGACUUCAAUGACUCACCUGAGGCAUCGUCAUCUCAGAGAAGCGAAAGGCAGAAAACAUCAUCUCGCGAAACGACGAUACCAACCAAAAAACUCGAGCAAACUCCAAAUACUUUCAAUGACGGCGAGAGCGACGGCUCUGACGACAACAUCUUUUCCGAUCAAGAAGACUUCAAUGACUCACCUGAGGCAUCGUCAUCUCAGAGAAGCGAAAGGCAGAUAGUAGAAAGCAAAGAUAGCAGUAGAGGCAAGAAUCACAGCUACACGCAGUAUAAACCAAGUCCAUAUAGCAAGUACACCCCGUUCAUGCUGUUCAACAAAGAAAACCGUAAACGAAUUUGCGACGAGAAUCCUGGUAUCCAUAAUCGUCAAAUCAGCACAAAAGUGUCGGAAGUAUUUCGAAGCCUUCCACCGGAGGAGAGAGAAAAGUACGAAAAGGAAUCUAAACGGCUCAUAGCAGAAGUGAGACAAGAAAGCGGUAUACGUGGACGCAACGAACGGAUGCCUGGUAAUGGAUAUAUCCAAUACUGCAAGUCAGUCAGUGCCAAACUUCGCCAGGAGCAUCCAGAAUACACUCUCAAGGAUGUAAAUGCGGUCAUAGGAAGUGAUUGGAAGAAGCUGAGCGCCGAGGAGAAACAAAAGUUUAACGACCUUGCAGCAAAACUACGCAAGGAGUUCGUUGAGAAAAACCCAGAGUAUACUGCCGCAGCUAGGGCAAAAAAAGGACAGCGGAUACGAGAAACAAAGGAAAAAAACUUGCUCAAAAAGAAACCGUGAUUAUUGCUAGCUUAGUAGCAGCAGUCAUCUACCAAAGCAAAUAUGCAUUCUUACACGAAGUACUUUAGUAUAUCCAUUACAUUUUCUGUUACUUUUAAAUAAAUAAAUAUUGCUGGU